CCGGUUUCAUUCUCUUCUCGAUUGCUCUAAUGGAGAAAGUCAGGCUCUUCUUUGUUUUUCUUUUGGUGCUUCUCCUAACAGUGCAAGGGUCUUCUGAUCAUCACCACCAUCACCACCGUCAUCACCAUCGUCACAGGCAUGCUUUAUUCCAAAAGCUUUUUGUUUUCGGUGACUCAUAUGCGGAUACCGGGAAUACGUGGAAAUUUAUUUCCAAGUCGUGGAAGGUGCCAUAUGGGAUCACUUUCCCUGGGAAGCCGACUGGCCGGUUCUCUAAUGGCCGAGUCUUGACUGAUUACUUAGCUUCCUUUAUAGGAAUCCGAUCUCCCCUUCCAUAUAGAUGGAAGAAUAUCGGCCCCAAACCGUUACGAUACGGCAUGAAUUUCGCUUACGGUGGGACAGGUGUCUUCGAUACAAUGGUUCCUUUCCCGAACAUGACUACUCAAAUCGAUCUGUUUCAACAGCUGAUCGAACAAGGGGUGUAUACAAAGCGGGACCUCAAACACUCCAUGGCCCACGUCUCUGUGGCUGGUAACGACUACAUCACGUAUCUGGCCAGGAACGGCUCCAUGUCGGGUAUCCUAGAUUUCAUCGAAUCUUUAGUUAAUCAACUCCGGUUAGAUGUAAAGCGCAUUAUGGAUAUCGGCGUAAAAAAGAUCUCCGUAACGGGCCUCGAGCCCGUCGGAUGCUUGCCCGAUAUAACAGAGCCUUCAUCCCACAAACAGUGCAUUGACAUGUACAACACGGCCGCGGGUGUUCACAACAGCUUGUUGAAGUCGGCGGUGGUGGAGCUGAACCAAAAUGCCAGCAGACCAACGGUCGUGAUUUUGGAUCUCUACAAGGCAUUCAUGUCCAUACUCCAAAGCUCAGAAAAUCAAGCGAAGUGGAAGUUUGAGAAUGUUUUGAUGCCAUGUUGCAAGGGAGUGAAAAAUGGAUACUCAUGUGGGAAUGUAGAUGAAAAUGGUACCAAAAUGUACACAGUAUGUGAAAGGCCAGACUCUGCCUUCUUUUGGGAUGGGGUCCACCCUACUCAGAUGGGUUGGGCUAUUGUCUCAUCAUAUUUGAAAACCACUCUCUACCAACUCUCAUCCUGAGCCUUCAUAUAGGAGAAAUAAAGAGAUUUUUUUAUUUUUUUAUUUUUUUUUGUUCUUUAAUUUUUCAGUUGUAUUAGGGAGCAUGAUGAAAUAAAAGUGCACAUUUUUGGAGCAGGAAA